AUGAAUUUAGUUGAUUAUGAAAUAUCAAGUGACGAGGAAAAUGAAGAAGAUGAGAAAGAUGUAAAAGGAAAAAUAUACGAAAGAUCCGAUGAACAUAUUGAAAAUUUUCCAGAAUUAUCAAAUGAUCUUGUUAAUAAUAAAAAUGAAAAGAAUCAUAUUACAUAUAAUGAUGAUUCUUUUUUAUUAAAAGAGGGAGAAAAACAAAAAAAGGAUUUGAUAAGAGAUGGUUGUGAAGAAAAAUUUAUAAAUAAUGAAAAUAUUACUACUAUACCAAUAGAUAUAUGUGAUGAUAAGAAUGAUAAAGAAAAAAAUAAUAUAAUAAAUAAUAAAAAAGAAGAUAAUAAUAAUGUUAAUAUUUUUAAUAAGGACGAUUUUUUAUAUAUGAAUAUAGAUGAAAAUAAUUUUGAUGAAAUAUUUAAUAUAUCGGAAAAUGAAUACUCAGAUAUAUUAAAUACAAAAAUUGAAGAAUUAUCAAAAUUGUAUGAACUAAAUUUAACCAUAAAUAAAAAUAUUAUUAAUUCGAAUGAAUAUAAAAAUCCAUGUAUUCUAGAAAAAAUCAUGGAAAUAUUUCAAAUUGAUGUGUAUUCGUCUAAUUAUCCAUUACAUAUUUAUAAUCCGAAAUUUUUUUCGUCACUUGAUUUGUUUAAUGAAAGAAGUCAAGAAAAUAUUCAAAAUAAGGUUAAUACAAAAUGGUCAAAUGUAUAG